AUGAGUAAAAGCACCGGUGUCGACGCUGAAGCGUCUGAGCUCCGUCAACGGCAGACGAGAGAUUCUCCCAUUGUUACCAACCAACCACAGGCUGUCGCCGUGGAAAGCCUGUCUACUGAAGACGGCCCGGACCAUGACAAGCCCAAGUCAAAUUCAAAGACAUUUGGGCGAACCCCGGAUGGCACAAUCUUUAUUGUGCCAACUACCCAUGAUAUGGUAUCGCAGCUUCUGGACCCACGGCAACCCAAGAACCUGUCUGAUGCCGUUGUCCUCGGGAUACUGGCGUUUAUGAUUCUAGUCGCUUAUUCCCUACCGGCCGGAUGGAAGCGACCCGUCUUCGCCGUCACCUUCUUAUUCUGGAGAGGCUGUUACAACGUAGGAAUCGGUGUGUUAUUACAUAUUCAGUCCCGCCACCGACGUCUGAUAACUUGGGCCAAACGCUGGAAGCUCUUUGAAGAUCCCAAAACGGGUAACAACCCUCGACCUUGGCUCUACAACCUCCUCAAGCGAGAACUCGAAGCAAAAAUACCGGAAGACUACGAAUUCGAAAAGGCACCUUUGGAGUACAACACAUGGUUAGUCUUCCGGCGGGUUGUUGACUUGAUCUUGAUGUGUGAUUUUGUGUCAUAUUGCCUAUUUGCUAUCGUCUGUGGUCACACCCCGGAAGGGGAGAAUAUUAUUGUUGGGGCUGCUCGCUGGGCCCUGGGUAUUGCCUUGGUUGGAUUCAAUCUCUGGGUUAAGCUGGAUGCCCACAGAGUCGUCAAGGACUUUGCGUGGUACUGGGGUGACUUCUUCUAUCUCAUCGAUCAAGACCUGACCUUUGACGGCGUGUUCGAAAUGGCGCCGCACCCCAUGUACUCGAUCGGUUAUGCUGGAUACUACGGCAUCUCCAUGAUGGCCGCCAGCUAUGAGGUUCUUUUCAUCUCCAUAAUCGCGCAUGCCGCCCAAUUCGCCUUCCUGGUGACUGUGGAGAAUCCUCACAUCGAAAAGACCUACAACCCUCCUCUACCGAGAAAGAGGGACCUUUCCCGGCUUCAAAGUGAUUCCAAUGUGAGUCCCGACAUGUCCGACCACAACUCCACCGACCGCCCGGCUUCUACUCCCAAGAUGGCUACGCAAGAGCCACCAGUCCCGGUUCACAACAUGGUUGGCUUUAGAAACAUGGAUCUUUUCAGAGUGCCAGACUCAAUGGUUGUUCUCUUGCCCAUGUACGUAGCCAUCCUUACCCUGGCAACCCCAACGACGCCAGCCUGGCAGGCCUUCUUCGUAGCUCACGCACUCCUGUGGCGUGUCUGGUACCACCUCGGUCUAAGCAUCAUUCUUGACAAGCAGUCCAAGACCAAAAUGUGGACCCGUCACUUUCUCAAAUAUGGCGAGAGUGCGGGUGAAGCCUGGCGGCAGUGGAAGGGCCUACAUCACAUUAGCAUGAUUAUGUGCAACGCGUCAUUUGUUGCCGCUUGUUACAAGAUGUACUCCAUGCCAUCGGACUGGGGCUACGGCCUUGUCCUUCUCAAACACGUCCUGGGCGGUGGCUUGAUUGCCUUGCAGCUAUGGACCGCCUUCAGUGUUUAUGACUCACUAGGUGAAUUUGGCUGGUUUUGUGGUGACUUCUUCUGGGACCAAGAGGCUAAACUUAAUUAUACGUCCAUCUAUCGAUUUCUCAACAACCCCGAGAGGAUCUUUGGGACGGCUGGUGCCUGGGGCGGCGCACUCAUUACCUGGAGCAGAGCUAUCUUUAUUAUGGCUCUUGUAGCACAGCUCCUUACCCUGUAUUACAUCUCGUACGUCGAGAGACCGCACAUGCAAAAGAUUUACGGCAGAAGCAUGCGUGGAGAGGCUGGCCUCACCAAGUUUAUCAAGCGUGCCUUGCCACCCCCGGUCAAAGGCUGGCAAGAAAGCGUCGACAAGGUCCUUGACGAUACCACUCAUUUCGUAGAAGAUUUCAUCGAUAGCGCUCGCCCUAAAUUUGCUUCUGGUGUCAAGACCAUUGUGCGAGACACGUCUGCUCUCUUCAACAUCGCGCCGGCUCGGAUCACUCUUACGAAGAUUCCUGCGGAUUUGGCUGGGUUGGACCCGAAGUUGUACUCGCUCUCUGUUGAGGGCACGCCGUCUGCUCUGUCAAAUAUUCACGAUAGAGCCACCGGUAAGGAGAGCUUCACUGGGCGGUUCCCCAAGCACGUCAAGACCAUGGCAUACGAGUAUGGUGCUCCCUUGAGAGUGAAGUGGAGAGCACCUGCAAACCACAGCGACAAAGAUUGGAUCGGCCUGUAUAUGGUUACGGACAACCGCUCCAGAGAGUCUACUGAAGUUCCGUCUCUUGGGCGCUGGGCUCCCACAAACGAAGGUGUCUAUGAUGCCUUGACUGCUGACAGCAGCAUUGUGACUCCUGAGCAUCCAUCUCCCAAGAGCGACUCGUCUGAGCCAGAUAUGGUGGAGGGUGAAGUCGAAUUCAAUGGAGACAAGCUCUGGUGGACGCAAGGUGUUUUUGAAUUCCGAUACCACCAUAAUGGCAGGCACAUGGCCAUGGCGAUAUCCGAGCCCUUUGAAAUUCGCAUUGCGCAGUUUGCAGAGGAUGAUGUGGAUCUCGAUUCCAAGGGCAUGUACGCCGAAGCAGUCGAGGCAGCAAUCUUACCGGUUGUGCGGAACUGUUUUGAUAGAGACCCUGAUAUUGCACCAUGUACUGUCGAUGAACCAUUUGGCAGUUAUGUUGAGCGUGAUGGCAAGUAUGCCAAGAGGAUAGUAUAUGCCAUUCGAGAAAUGUUUGGUAUCGAGUUUGCGCCGGCUGUGGUGUUGGCAGAUGGAAACGUGCAGAAACUAGCAUGGAGAAUCUGUAACGCAAAGGAAGUCCUCGCUCCAUAUAGCAUGUCCCAUUCAAAGGGAUCUGCAACACCAGCGGCCCAAGAAUUUGAUAAUAAGACUUAA